CCAAUCAAAGGUGGCGCAUUGCUGUUGUCGGGGCGAGCCUGGGGCGCUCGAUGGCGUCGCGGCGGCCCUGGAGGGCGGAGAGCGCAGCUCAUGCAGAAUUUCAGCUUGAUGACAUUCAACAUAUGUGGACAAUUGUGAUUCAAAAAUAACUGAACUUGUGCAAUUAUAAACAUGUAGAAGAGUUUGUCGUCAAAUGUUUAGAAGUAGGAUCUAUGUAACCUUCAUAACAGGGACUGAAGAUUAUGUACUUAAAAUGACUCUUCAGGAGAUGGUGCAUCAGGCAGCCAGCCUGUAUUCUGAUAGAAAAGCAGUAUGUUUUGAUGAAUAUGAUGAUAAACCUCCAGUUUUCUACACUUACAAGGAGGUUGUUAGUCUCGCCACAGAAUUAACAGUUUUCCUGCAAAACUACUGUGAUCACAGAGGAAGGUUUGAAAUAGGCCUUUACUGCUAUCCUGGAAUAAAUUUACCAUCUUGGAUUUUAGGAUUUAAUGGCAUUUUCUCCUGCACGUGCUCAACUUCACUGAUGAAAGCAAAAAAAACAAAUUUUUGCCUUGUUAGAAUCCUCCAAGUUCCAGCUGCAUAUUCUCCUCUUGAUCCAGAUGCACCACCAGUGUUAUCUAACUAUUUUAUGAAGAAAUGUAACCUCCGGUAUAUCCUUGUUGAGAAUGACAAAAUAAAUAAAUUCAAAAUAUCCCACGCUGGCUGGUUUUACCAGAGUUCUUUUGCAAUAGAUGAUGUUGGUUUAACUCUUUUUCAAAUUAAUUGGGAUGAUGUUGAUGUAAAUCUGCUGUUAGAUGGCGCAGAAGACAAAAAUGGACUCUCCAAAGUUGCAAGUAAUUUGGAGACAGAUUAUGUAGCUGACCUGGACCAACUUAAAUCAAAGACAUCACAAAGGGGGUACACGGAUGUCAGGCAGCAACAUUCUUUGGCAUACAUCUUGCAUACAUCCGGAACUACAGGGAUCCCCAAAAUAGUCAGAGUACCUCAUAAAUGUAUUGUGCCAAAUAUUCUUCAUCUUCAAUCCCUAUUUAAGAUCUCACCACAUGAUAUGCUGUUCAUGGCCUCACCUCUGACAUUUGAUCCAUCUGUAGUUGAGUUGUUCGUUGCUCUGACAAGUGGAGCCUCUCUGCUUAUAGUACCAAACCCCAUAAAAAUGAUGCCUCUAAAGUUGUCUGCUGCUCUUUUUCACCGUCACAGGGUGACAGUAUUGCAGGCAACACCAACAUUUCUCAGACGAUUUGGAGCUCAACUUAUUAAGUCAACUGUGUUGUCUGCCAGUUCUUCACUCCGUGUCUUAGCCCUCGGUGGAGAAGCAUUUCCUGCACUGAAUGUCUUGAGAAGCUGGAAGGGCAGGGAAAACAAAACACAUGUUUUUAAUCUCUAUGGCAUUACAGAAGUAUCCAGCUGGGCCACAUGCUACAGGAUUCCUGAAGAAGUUCUUAGCUCUGAUAUUCGAUUUGAUUCCCCUGUACCACUGGGAUCACCACUGCUUGGAACAACAGUUGAAGUCAGAGAUGCCACUGGUUCUGCAGUUCUAGACGGAGAGGGACAAGUUUUCAUAGGUGGUAAAGAACGAAUCUGCUUCCUUGAUGAUGAAGUAACUGUCCCUUUGAACACAAUGAGAGAAACAGGGGACUUUGUAAGAGUGAAGGAUGCAGAGAUGUUUUUCUUAGGACGGAAGGACAAUCAGAUUAAACGUCAUGGCAAACGUCUUAAUAUUGAAUAUGUACAGCAGGCUGCUGAAGGUCUUUGUCAUGUGGAAGCUUGUGCAGUGACAUGGUAUCGACAGGAAAAGUUAAUCUUGUUUGUUGUACCUAAAGACAACUUAGCAAGAGACACUCUUAAGGAACUCCAGAAACAUCUCCCAACCUACGCAAUCCCUGAUGAACUUGUGCUGAUAGAAACUUUGCCUUUCACAUUGCAUGGCAAAAUUGAUGUUUCUGAGCUGUGCAAGAUUUACAGUAACCAUCUAAAUUCCAGAAGGCAUGACAGUAAGCUGAGCGGAGCAGAGGAAUUGUGGGAAAGAUUGCAGUAUUUAUGGAAGUCUCUCCUGAGUCUUCCAGAUGAUUCACCAAGCAUUUCCAAAGAUUCACUGUUUCUGUACAGUGGUGGAGAUUCCUUGAAGUCACUACGGUUUCAUGAUGAGAUUGAGAAUUUGGCAGGCAAGGCCAUUCCUGGACUCCUGGAAGUUAUUCUCAGCAGCUCCAUUGCUGAGGUUUACCGACAUGUUCUUAAAGCUGUAUUCCCAAGUGAGGACCAAAUAAUGAAUCAUAACACUGUGAAAAGAAAACUGAAUGAAAGCAGUGGAGGGGAAUUCCAUGGAGAACACACACAACCAAAAUCUAGAAGGUACUUUAAUGCUGCUGCAGGAUUGAUUGCAUUUAUUGCACUAAACCGAGGAAAUCGGAUGUCGUCGAUGACUUCCCCUGAGUCUCUUAUGAGACCAUAUAAUGCAGGACAGGCAGGAACAGAGUUAAGACAACAAGCAUCUUGUUCAUCUGGUGUAACUUCUAAUUCAAUGAAAUAUGAAGUGACAGAGAAUAAAUCUGAAAAGAGCAGAAGCCGUCCAAAAAAUUCAAGCAAGACAAAUGAAACAGGUACUCAUUCUGUAGAACAAGCUCCUUCAGAAAUGCCUGAGAAGCUGAUAUUACAUGUAAGAUGGAAGUCAAAUAUGGGCAAAUGUGUAGAUGCCUCCCCAUUAGUUAUAAUACCAGCCACGGAUGAUUUAUCAGCAACUGUAUACGUUGGGUCUCAUUCUCACACAAUGCAGGCAAUUGAUUUACACUCAGGAAAAAUCAAGUGGGAGAGAAUCCUUGGAGAUCGUAUUGAGUCCUCUGCAUGUGCGUCUAAGUGUGGAAACUUCAUUAUUGUUGGCUGCUAUAAUGGUUUUGUGUAUGUACUCAGAAGCGAUAAUGGGGAAAUACACUGUAUCUUUACCGCAGAAGAUGCUGUGAAAAGCUCUGCAGUUGUGCAUCCUUCCACUGGACUAGUCUACGUUGGAUCGCAUGACCAGCAUAUAUAUGCUUUGGAUAUUUAUAAGGAGGAACGUGUCUGGAAGCUGCACUGUGAAGGUGGAGCUGUGUUUUCAUCUCCAUAUCUAAGUAUCUUGCCAGAUCACCUGUAUAUUGCUACACUAAGAGGACUUUUAUUGGCUGUAAAUCCAGAUACGGGUAAUAAGAUCUGGAAAAAUUCCUGUGGAAAACCCCUCUUCUCCUCUCCUCACUGCAAUGAGCAGUAUGUGUGCAUUGGAUGUGUGGAUGGGAAUGUGUACUGUUUUAGCCACUCAGGAGAAAAGGUUUGGCAGUUUUCCACCAGUGGACCAGUCUUUUCAUCCCCAUGUAUCUCAAGUUUAACUAAGCAAGAAAUAUAUUUUGGUUCCCAUGACCGCUUUAUCUACUGCUGUAAUAUGGAAGGUAAUUUACUGUGGAAAUUUAAAACCACUUCAAGUGUAUAUGCAACUUCCUUUAUUUUCCAUAGUCAUGACUUGGAGAGUGAAACGCUGCUGGCAGCAACAUCCACAGAUGGCACAGUGUGGGUCCUGAAUGCUAAGACUGGAUUGGUAACAGGUGUCAAUAAACUUCCAGGAGAAGUAUUCUCUUCCCCUGUAGUAUGUGGAUCAAGGCUCGUUGUUGGCUGUAGAAAUGAUUAUGUUUAUUGCCUAGAUUUGUGUAUCGCUGAAGAAACAGCUACUAGGAUGUGUUAAUCUGCUUUAUCUCUAGUGUUUACACUUGGACAUUAAGAACAUCCUUAAAUUGUACUUUAAAGCACCCCGGCCUGUAGGUGCUGCUCUUGGCCCAUUCUACUUUUGUAAAAUGUAUCAUGUUUGCUUUGCAAACUUCGUUAGUUAACAAUUUUGCACCAACAGGCAUGUCUAUGCUGCAAUAAAAGAUGUGUGGCAGCGAGUCUCAGAGCUUGGAUCAACUGACUUGGACUUGUGCUGUGGGGCUAAAAAGAGCUCUUUUUAGUCCCGUAGCGGGAGCUCGAGUCAGUUGACCCUGGGCUCUGAGACUCGCUGCCGCUGAUGGUUUGUUGCAGAGUCAAUGUACCCAUUGUCUUGUCUGGACUAGGAAAAAUGUGUGGUUUUCUUUUAAAAUUUUGCCUAUGUGCUGUUUAAAACAUGAUAGUGCUUAGUGGCAAAAGUGUGUAAUACUUUUUAAAAAUGAUACGUGGUCAUGGACAACAGUAAACUCCCCCCAAUCAUGACCUCUGGACACAUUUUUAAGGUGUUAGCUAGCACCAAUAUUCACCUAGUGUAGACACUAACAUGUUUUCAAAGUCAAGCUAUUUUCCUAAUCAAGAGAGGGCACUUGACUUAAUGAUUGCUCAGCAUCAUGUGUCUGAUUUAAGCUGAAUUUUGGUGAAAAAUAAAUGUGUUCACUCUGACAUAACUGUUUCUGGCAAUUCAUAUUGAAUUUUGUGCCAUAUGUCAUGUCUAGCAUGGAAAUUUGCUUGUCUGUUUGGUCUCAAGUUUUCCAGUAUUUGGUUUGGCAAUUUAGUCUUUUUAUUGAAUGUAUUAACAUAUUUUGUAAAUAGAUAACUGUGUCUCAGUGUGCCUACUGCACAUGCAUAGACUGAGGUGCUCUGCCCCUCCAAGCACCUUUGCCUUGAGGUUGCUAUCUGUUGUGGGGAAUCCUUCAGUGCUGAUUAUUCUAUUCUAUAUAGGAUUUUAAAAUGCGUUCGGGGGAUGCAGCAGUGCCUGGGCUAGCCCCGCGGGGGGGCAGGGAGGGAGUGCCACCCAGUUCUGCUCUGUCCCCAGCCUCGGGCCGCAGCUCCGCUCCUGGCCUCUGGCCCCGCUCUCAGCUCUGACUCGGAGGGGAAAGGUGGCAGACAGGUAAGGGGGGGACAAGAAGUGGGAAGUUUGGGGACCACUGCCUUACAACUUAAUCUUUUUACGAUAUCUAGGGAAGCUGACCUAACUUGCAAGAAUAAACUGAAUCUUCAUUUUUACACAGUGAUCUAUGUCCAUUAGUAAAUGCUUAGCCCAAAAAUAGUUGAUCUGAACAUUGUGAAGUUUACACUGGAACCCAUUCCAAAAUUAUAUGAUUGUUAUAAGCCCUUUUAAGCCCAUGUUUGAGUUUAAAGACAGGAAUAGUCUUAUAGAUAUCAGUGGGUAUGUCUACAUAGCAUUUUGGAGCAAGCCCUAGCCUGGGUCAACAGACUGUGCCUAGAGGGGCUUGCAGUAACACUCUAAAAAUAGCUGUGUAGACAUUUUUGAUCUAAGCCAGGCAUGGCCAAACAGCAACUCGCGAGCCACGUGGCUUUUUUAGCAUUAGUAUGGCGUGCUGGGGCUCGGGCUUUUAGCCCUGCAGGAGGUGCCCAGACUCAGGGCUUCAGCUACACAUGCACAUUAUAACAGGAAAUUGCAUCACGCAGGGCUGUGCGGACCUUGUAUGCUUGGGAUAUCCCUGCUUUCUGCACAAAGUCUGUGUUUACUGUUAAGUCGGAUUUCAAUAGUUCUGAGUGAUGAUCUCACUGGAUUCCAACCGUCGGAUGCACGUGCACCCCAUGCGCUGGAGCCAGAACUGUUCAUAGUAGUGUGUGUUGACCUGCAUGUGAGUCGUACAUCAACUGUGACACAUCCGAGGCUUUAAGAGGCCAUGCAGGUCCAGUUCCCUCUUACUGCCACAUGGCCAGAGACAGAACCUCUGUUUCUUGGUGCUCUUAGCUUGCACCUCUUUUUCCUUGUACUUAGUUUUUUGUUGGUUUUUUCCCCGCCCUUUAGUUGUAGUUAAAACUCAGAUUUUGUCAUGGUAAUUUUUAGUAAAAGUCAGACAGGUCACGGGCAAUAACCAAAAAUUCAAGGAAGCCUGUGACCUGUCUGUGACUUUUAUUAAAAAUGGUGAUGGGGGGGAGGAGGAGACAAGCUCACAGCAGUUGGGAGCUGCGGGUCCCCACUGCCCGUGGAGGCUCGGAGCUCCAGGACUGCAGGGAGUUGCUUGGCGCUCCAGGAGCUACCUGCUGCCCAUGGUGGCUUGGCGCUCCGGGGGCCGCCUGCUGUGGCUCAGCACUCCAGUGGCUUGGCGAUUCGGGCAGGCAUCUGGGUGCUGCAGGGCCCCCCACUGCCCGUGGGGACUGGGCGCUGUGGGAGACGCCCCAUCCCCAUGCCACAUCUGCGAGUUGCAGGACCCCUGCACCUGAGAUCACUGGUGCCCCCCACUAGCUGACAGCUCCAACCCUGCAGCCCCUAGGGCUGAAGCAGAAAAUGUCACAGAGAUCUCUGGUAGUCACAGAUUCUGUGACCUCCGUGACAUAAUCAUAGUCUUAGUUGUAAAGUUAGUUGUCCUUUCAGAUAAUUUGUUAGUUGUUGCCAUUUUGGACUUUUCUUCCCUUCACAGGACUCUUCCCCAGUGCAGGGUCUAUGCCCCAGCAAGCUGGGUUUAAGUACUGUGCUUCGCGCCCUUGCACCUUCUCUGUGAGCGACGAGCACCAACCUUGCCUCCUGCUUGGGUAAAGCUCAUAUCACUGCUCCAUUUGCAGCUUGCUCCCACCUCGGACUCUGUAAGCUUGGGAGCUUCGCCUCUGUAAGCUCCUCAUGGAAGAGGUGAUGCAGCCACGUGCACCUUUGGAUCCAGCACUGAGGGGAUCUGUCGGAGGGCCGAGCACUUCUCCCAGUACUUCCUGCCUGGCGUUAGCGGCACUGCUGCCUCUGCCCAAAUCCCACCGUGUGCGCAAGAAGCACAGUCGUGGGCAAAGGGCAGCUCACCAAUGGGGACCACCCCUGAACGCAACAUUGCCUCCCUGAGUCGUGCCAAGUCGUGCAUCGACUCAGAGGCACCCACUCCAAAGAAGCCUCGUUGAGAGCAUAAAUCCAAACAUGGCACUCUGCUGGAAGUUUUAUACGUAAGAGUUAACCCUAUGUUAAUUUUGUGGAUGACAGUGACAUGUUCAAAUUGUAAGAAUUGCAUGAGGAAGAAAACCGAAGUUUUAAGCCAGAAUAGGAGGAAGAUUUUGCAUUCACUGUUAAAGGUGGCAAGCCCCUGUGCCUUAUCCGCAAUGCAUUGCUCACUACAAAGUGAGCAACUUGAAACUUCACUACUAAACGAAUCACAAUAACUUUUCAUCUAAAUAUACACCUGAAAAAGAAUUAAGGAAAAACAAGUUAACCCCAUUAAAAUUACACCUCAACAGACACUACUUUCGGCAUUCAGUAAGGAAGCUGACAUAAUGACUGAAGCUAGUUUUGUUAUGUCAUGGAAUAUCGCUCAUGCCAACUGUCCAUAUUGUGAUGGAUAAUUUAAGAAGAAUAUUGCAGAAGUGGUUGCAAUUUUAGAUCCGAAUAACACAAGACUUCAACGACUAAUAAAGGAAAUUCCAAUUUUGUGCCACAUUAUGGAGAGAGAGAUCUCCCAGAUCAGUGCUGAUGUUGCAAGCAAGAUGCAAAAUGAUCUAAAGAAUUCUCUAGCAUUCAGGCUAGCUGUGGACAAAUCCACAGAUAUACAAGAUAAACCACAUCUAGCUGUAUUUGUUUGCUGUAUUUCCGCGGAUAUAAUUGUGAGAGAAGAAAUGUUGGACUUAGUGGCGCUAAAAGAAACAACCUGUGGGAUUGGCAUAAAGAACGCACUUGACGCAGCAUUGACAAAUGCUGCUGUAUCGCUGGAUAAACUAGUGAGUGUUUCAAUGGAUUGAGCACCUGAAAC